AAUCCCAAACAUCUGUGGAGGCGCGGAGCUGCAAACACACACACGCACACACACAUACCGGACACACACACCCUGUCAGCGGGAGAGAGGAGGACAAGUGUCCGCAGCUGAGAGUCUCUCUCCGGUCAGGUCGGAGCGGCAGAGCUGAGGCUGCUUUUGGUUUUUGUAGGAAAUCUAAAACAGAAGAAGAAGAAGAAGAGUCCUAACCCUAAAGAGAAGAAGAAGAAGUUGGUUUUCCUCUGAAUCUCCUCUCCAGGAUGGAAUGCUUUUAUUUGCUCGGAUUAUCUCUCUUGUAGACUUCCUCACACCGGCGGCUCCACCGGGGCUCGUGCUCCCUCCCAGCCGCCCACCUCGCGCCUCCUCCGGUCUCCUCCUCGCGCAGCGGCCGUCCAAUGAGCGCAGCGUUCGGUCCGUCCUUCAUGGUGAUGCAGCGGCCGCUCGGAAGCACCACCGCCUUCAGCAUUGACUCUCUGAUCGGGGGGCCCCCGCAGCCCAGCCCGGGACACUUCGUCUACACCGGGUACCCCAUGUUCAUGCCGUACCGGUCCGUGGUGCUGCAGCCGCCACCCCCACCGCCCCCCUCCCUGCAGCAGGGUCUCCCCGCCGGACACCAUGCACACCCGCAGAUCUCCAGCCUGCAGAGCGGCUUCUGCUCCAGCCUGGCGCAGGGCCUGACGCAGGGCAUGGCGCUCACCUCCACGCUCAUGGCGUCGCUGCCCGGAGGAUUCUCUCCGUCCCAGCAGCACCAGGACGCGGCUCGGAAGUUCGGCUCUCAGGCUCUGCACGCGGUCUUCGAUAAAGGUCAGGACCUGCGGCACGAGGAGGACGGGAAGAGCUUCAUGCAGGGCAAAGAGUCCGCGGGGCUGCAGGCUUUCCACGACACGGACACGCAAACAUCCACAGGCAGAGCUCUCAGUAAAGAAGACUCCAAAGAGGACGAGUGCGGCCGGAAGGAUGAGAGUUUCUCCAUGGACAGUGACCUGGACUACAGCUCGGAUGAUAACCUCACCUCCAUGUGUCACAAGGAGGACGGGGAGGGCGGGGGGCUGGAGGACGGCCCGCACGGGCACGGUCCGGGCGGAGGAGGCUCCGGGGCAGGAGGAGGAGGAGGCGGGAAGAACCGGCGGAGGAGGACAGCGUUCACCAGCGAGCAGCUGCUGGAGCUGGAGAAGGAGUUCCACUGCAAGAAGUACCUGUCGUUAACCGAGCGCUCGCAGAUCGCGCAUGCGCUCAAGCUGAGCGAGGUGCAGGUGAAGAUCUGGUUCCAGAACCGGCGCGCCAAGUGGAAACGGGUCAAAGCCGGAAACGUCAACAACAAAUCCGGAGAACCGUCCCGGAACCCCAAAAUCGUUGUGCCCAUCCCGGUGCACGUGAGCCGCUUCGCGAUCAGGAGUCAGCACCAGCAGAUGGAGCAGAACAGACCGUAGAAGAAGAAAAGAGUCCGGACUGAGAGAUGAUGGAGAGGAAGAGGAGCAGAACAGACCGUAGAAGAAGAACAGAGGCCUGCAGCUCGUGUUGAUGAUUGAGUUUAAUUAAAUCAUUUAAACUCUGUAAUUUCAUUUUUUAAAGUUGAAUUAUUUACGUUUUUAUUUUGAAAAACGUCAGAGCAGUUCUGAUUUAAUCUGCGUUUUCAAUGAGUAGAGUAUUUGACUUUAAAUAAAUCAGAUUUUAUAAAAUACAUCUGAAAGAAAAAAAGAUUUAUUUCUAAAAGUUAAUUUACUUUAAGGCCAAAUUAAAUCAAACAGUCCCGAAUUACCUCCAGCAUUUAAAAAAAAAUUGAGAAUUGUUACAUCAAAAAAAUGAAGAAACUUCUCAAUGUUUUUCUCUUUAAUAAAAUCUAUUUUUUAUCAGUUAUUGAUCUCUACUCCUGAUUAGAAAGAAAUCGAUCAUAAAAUGAAAAAUCUGCAGAUUCCUUCACAUGAUUUAAAUUUUUAUGUCUGAAGGAGUUUCAUCAGCUCGUUAGAUUCAGGAGUUUUUUAAAGGACACGUUUAAAAACAUUGUUUGGUUUGUCCACGUCAUCGAUGAGACGACUGUCAGUGAACGGGCUCAACAUGACGUUUUUAUUCCAGACAUCAGUUUCCUGUUCGUUCUUCUUCACAGGAAAUCUUAACAGACAUGUUUGAGACGUCAACACGAGACGCAGCUCCUCACAGCUCCUCAUCUCUGUGCUCGAGGACACAAAGGAUGUUCACAGACUCUCUGAGCAGAGCUGAAGAACGAGGAGGACGAGACAAACGGACAGUGACCUCCUCAUGUAAAUACUCACCAGGGACCAAACUGAGGAGCCCUCGUGAUGAUUCAAAACACAAACUUAUGAUUUCAUGUUUUUAUGACCGUGGUGUCUGAACUCUUGAAACUCUCCCCUCUCUCUCUCCGCUCUCCGGGUCAACCUGUCCUCGCUUCAUUUCUCCUGAUUUUUUAUUUCUCUUCUUUUGGACACAAAGGACGCUGCUAAUUUAUUUAUAUUAAAUUGUGCUAAAGUAACUAACAUUCCCUGACGUGUGGAGUAAAGAAAAAAAGAUUUAAAGUGUGAAUUAAAAGAUGAAACGUGACCAGAUGUGAA